UUAGAUUUUUAGGUAGUGCAUCAUUGCAUGAUUCUCCAGGUCAGAAGUGAGACCCCUUUGACCAGGUGAUCAACCGGAUAUUACAGAAAAAGUGGCUUUACGUUGAAGACCCUCAAAGGAAAAUGUCAUCCCUUACUUUUGUUGUUUCUCAGUGAUCUAAACUGCAAAUUGCAAUGCAGUUAUGUCAUUGGUAAUAUAACUUCUCCUCGAUUCUAAUGCAGUUAUGGUAAUAGGAGUCUAUUGCUGAAGGCAAAGCUUGAAUAUCUGUCAGAAAUCAAGUCCUAAGGGCUACCCAGAAACUCAUUGACCACAUUCGAUCAAGCGAUGCAAACCCCACCUCAUAAUCCUCAACCAGAUUAUUUGGGGUUGCCGCUGGAUUCAGUUACCUAUACAAAACUUGUGCAAUGCUCUACCAGAACUGGGUCUUUGAUCCAUGGCAAGCUUGCCCACAUGCACAUGAUCAAAACUUGUUUCAAACCGUGUUUGUUUUUGCUGAACAAUCUGCUUUACAUGUACUGUAAAUGUGGUGAAACGGAUGUUGCAAAGAAGUUGUUUGAUAGAAUGCCUAAACGUAAUGUUGUUUCUUGGAACUCCUUGAUUUCUGGGUAUAUACAGAUGGGUUUCUAUCAUGAGGUUAUGAAUCUGUUUAAGGAAGCGAGAAUGUCCGAUUUAAGGCUUGACAAAUUCACUUUCUCAAAUGCUUUGAGCGUUUGUGGACGAACUCUGGAUUUGAGAUUGGGUAGGUUGAUUCAUGCCUUGAUUACUGUCAGUGGGUUGAGUGGUCCAGUUCUUUUGACCAAUUCACUUAUUGAUAUGUAUUGCAAGUGUGGCCGGAUUGAUUGGGCAAGGCUGGUGUUUGAGAGUGUGGAUGAAUUAGAUUCUGUCUCCUGGAACUCCUUGAUCGCAGGUUAUGUUCGAAUUGGCUCAAAUGAUGAAAUGUUGAGACUUCUUGUGAAAAUGCUUCGGCAUGGACUGAAUUUGAAUAGUUAUGCAUUAGGAAGUGCCCUGAAGGCAUGUGGCUCAAACUUUAGUUGUUCAAUAGAAUGUGGGAAAAUGCUUCACGGGUGUGCAGUCAAACUUGGGUUGGAUUUGGAUGUUGUUGUUGGAACUGCAUUGCUUGAUACAUAUGCAAAAAUUGGAAAUUUAGACAACGCAACCAAAAUUUUCAAGCUCAUGCCUGAUCCAAAUGUUGUCAUGUAUAAUGCCAUGAUUGCUGGAUUCCUGCAAAUGGAGACUAUGGCUGAUGAAUUUACAAAUGAAGCCAUGUAUCUUUUCUUUGAGAUGCAAAGUCGAGGAAUGAAGCCCUCUGAGUUUACAUUCUCGAGCAUACUCAAAGCUUGUAGCACCAUUGAAGCAUUUGAGUGCGGAAAGCAAAUUCAUGCUCAAAUCUGUAAAUACAAUCUUCAGUCUGAUGAGUUCAUUGGAAAUGCACUUGUUGAGCUGUAUUCAUUGUCAGGUUCAAUUGAGGAUGGCCUAAAAUGUUUUCAUUCAACUCCCAAGCUAGAUGUUGUUUCAUGGACGUCCCUUAUUGUGGGUCAUGUUCAAAAUGGACAAUUUGAGGGUGGACUGACUCUGUUCCAUGAACUGCUGUUCUCUGGAAGAAAACCGGAUGAGUUCACAAUAUCAAUCAUGUUGAGUGCUUGUGCAAAUUUGGCAGCAGUAAAGUCUGGUGAGCAGAUCCAUGCCUAUGCAAUAAAAACUGGAAUCGGAAACUUCACCAUCAUUCAAAAUUCACAGAUUUGCAUGUAUGCCAAAUGUGGAGACAUAGAUUCUGCUAAUAUGACCUUUAAAGAGACAAAGAAUCCUGACGUAGUGUCAUGGUCUGUGAUGAUUUCUAGCAAUGCACAACAUGGAUGUGCAAAAGAAGCUGUGGACCUCUUUGAAUUGAUGAAGGGUUCUGGGAUUGCACCUAACCACAUUACUUUUCUUGGAGUUCUUGUUGCAUGUAGUCAUGGGGGACUUGUAGAAGAAGGAUUACGGUAUUUUGAAAUCAUGAAGAAGGAUCAUGACAUAAUGCCAAAUGUAAAGCAUUCUGCCUGCAUUGUGGACCUUCUGGGUCGAGCUGGAAGACUAGCCGAGGCAGAAAGCUUCAUUAUGGACUCAGGCUUUGAGGGCGAUCCAGUAAUGUGGCGAUCUUUAUUGAGUGCUUGCAGGGUCCAUAAGGCCACUGACACUGGGAAACGUGUUGCAGAGAGAGUAAUUGAGCUUGAACCUGAAGCUGCUGCAUCAUAUGUGCUUCUUUACAACAUCUACAAUGAUGCUGGAAUACAAAUGCUGGCCACAGAAAUCAGGAACUUGAUGAAAGAUCGAGGAGUUAAAAAAGAACCUGGUCUAAGUUGGAUUGAGGUUGGAAAUGUGGUUCAUUCCUUUGUGGCGGGUGAUAGGUCUCACCCUAAUAGUCAAGUCAUUUAUGUGCGAUUGGAGGAAAUGUUGGAGAAGAUAAAGAAAUUAGAUUAUGUUGAUGAGAAGCCUGUUUCUGAUGUCUCAGAACCAAAGCACAAGGACAACUCAAUGGUCAGCUACCAUAGUGAAAAGUUAGCUGUGACUUUUGGGAUAAUUGGUUUACCAAGAUCAGCUCCUGUGAGAGUAAUGAAGAACUUGAGAAGCUGUUGGCAUUGUCAUGAAACAAUGAAGCUCUUCUCAAGGUUGGAAAAUAGGGAAAUAAUUCUUAGGGAUCCAAUUCGUUUCCAUUGCUUCAGAGAUGGUUCUUGUUCUUGUGGAGACUACUGGUAAUGGGGAUGAAAUUGGGUAUUUGAAUUGUUUGUCUCACAUAAUUCCUGAAUCCAUAAUGUUUUAACUAAUUGAGAUGGAUUAACCAUGGAAAACCAUGGUUAUCAGUUCGAGAAGCAGGUGGAGGAAACGAGAUUGGAAAAUAAAGCUGGAAAAGUUACCUUUGAAAGUGUCUGAAAGUGAUAUGGAAUAAGGAGAUGGUCAUAAUUCAAUUUAAAAAUUAUCAGUUCCAGUACCAUACAUGACAUUUUUCAUCUCAUACAGCUCUUCCAAUCAUUAGCAGGUACCCUUGAAAUUUUCUGAGGUUUCUGACGCAGGAAACCAGACUCGUGUUGGGGAAGAAAGUUUCGAGUAACAACAAGAUGCCUAAUGCCUAUUGUCAGUGUUCAGAUGGCCAAAGCGAAAUCCUCCUUUUGGAAGAAAUGCAACAUUUGUUGAGUGCUCUUUCCAUGUAGGUUAUAAAACUGGAAUUCAGGUGAUCGAGUUUCCAUCUGGAGCAUUUGUUCUUGACGCCUCUAUAGGCACCUUCUUUUUAGUUGUGAAAACUUGGUGGUGAAGCAGAUGAUCUGAAAGCCAUCUUAAUAUACAUCAGGUAACUUCCAUUGUUUUUGUUUUUUUUGUUUUUUUUAGGUAAAUUUGUGUUCCCAUUGACUUGAACCUGGAACCUCCCACAAA